AACCAUCCAAACAAAACAUCAGUUUUUUAGUCAAUCAAUUUGGAAUUCAUGGAGCAGAGCAGGACCAAUUAUAAUCGUGGAGGAAAUGGCGCAGGCUACACCCGUGGCCGUGGCGGCCGGAACACUGGAGGACGAGGUUAUAGUUCCGGUGGCGUACAAGCUGGUGGUAGAGGAGGCGAAGGUGGGCGUGGAACUGAUGGUGGUUACUAUCCCCGUGGUCGUGGUGGACGAAACAGAGAUUACCAACAGCGUUAUAGUAAUCAACAGCAGGAGCAGUAUGGAGACGCUAGAGAUCAUAGAGUCUCCGUUGGUGGUGGUAGUCAGCAGAUCUCUCGGACUCCUACACACCCAAGGCCGAAUGCGGAUCAUUUUGGUGGGAAUCAAGAAGCAAGGGUGUGGAGUCGUAUUGUAUCUGGUUCUAGUCAACCAAUUAAGUCUCCUCCGUCUCAGAUCGACCUUUCUGUUUCAGAUCUUCAGAUUCAGGAAGUUCCGGUAUCAUCUUCAAAGGAUAUUGUAGAACAUUCAAAGGAUGAUGCAGAAAAUGGCUAUGUACCAAUUAAGCGUCCUGACCGAGGUACACUUGCAGUGAGGUCGGUGAGUCUUCUUGUUAACCAUUUUCCGGUCAAGUAUGAUUCAUCGAACAGCAUCUUACGCUACGAUGUAGAUGUUAAGCUAGAGGCCUCCUCUUCUAGUCGAUCUGUGAAAAAAUCAAUACCCAAAUCGGACCUCCGAUUGAUUCAGGAAAAAUUAUGUUCCGAUUACCCUGAUCGGUUCCCGUUACUAAAAACCGCCUACGAUGGUGAAAAGAACAUAUUUAGUGCAGUCUUGUUGCAUGCCGGAACCUAUAAUGUGCAAUUAUUUGGUAAAUCUUAUAUAUGCACCAUCAAGUAUGGAAGCGAGUUAAGGCUCUCAAAGCUUCAAGAAUUCUUGAAUCGAAAUGCUUUCCAGAUCCCUCGUGAUGUGCUGCAGGCACUGGAUGUAGUAAUGAAGGCGAAUCUUUUCCGGGAAAAGGUUUCAGUCGGCCGAGGGAUGUACCCUCGAGUUCAUCGAAGGGAUGAUGACCUUCGAUGUGGUGUUGCUGCCAUUAGAGGCAUUCAGCAGAGCUUAAAGGUCACUUCUAAUGGGUUGAUAAUGUGUACCGAUUACUCUGUCAUACCUUUUCGCAAGAGGAUGCCCGUUAUCGAAUUCCUGAAGGAGCAUAUUCGGGAGAUUCAAGUGGUUAACGACAUCGGAAGGUUUAGGAACAAAGUUAUGAGUGCAUUGGAAGGAUUGAGGGUGAGUGUGACUCAUCGUCGCACCAACCAGAAGUACAUUGUUUCUGGGUUGACUGAAAAGCUCACAAACGAGCUCUCUUUUGAACUAGAAGAUCUCGAAGGGAAGAAAGAACCAGAAAUCGUUAUGCUAACGGAUUAUUUCCAAGAGAAGUGGGAGAAAGUAAUAGUUCAUAAGACUAUUCCUUGUUUGAAAUUGGGAAAUGGCAAAAAGCCAAAUUAUGUUCCGAUGGAAUUCUGUGUCUUGGCUGAGGAUAGAAGGUUUCCGAAGGAGCAACUGGGUCGGGAGGCUGCCCGACAACUAAAAGAUUUGUGCCUUCUUCCUCCAGAUUUCCGGCGGAAUGAGAUAUGCAGCAUGAUGCGUGAAGAGUAUGGGCCUGGCAGUCAUGGUGGCGAGGUGAUUCAGAAUUUUGAAUUCGGGGUUGGUAUGGACAUGACAGCAGUCGAUGGUCGUGUGAUGCCACCGCCUAUACUGAAGCUUGGUGGUCCACGUGGUACAACAAACACGACAGUUGACAGACUGAAAUGUCACUGGAAUCUUCUCCAGGGGAAACGUUUCGUUGAUGGGAUACCACUGGAGAGGUGGGCAAUGAUCGAUUUCAGUUCUGCUGAUCGUUGGAAUAGGCUGAAUGUCAACCCGUUCAUUGGGAAAUUGGUGAACCGAUGCGGAAGUUUAGGGGUUCACAUGAAAGAUCCGCUUGUUGUUCAUCAAACCACCAUGAGGGAGUUCUUGGAUGUUGAUAGACUCCAUCGUCUUUUUUCACAAGUCGUGGAGGACUGUCGUCGAAAAGACAGUGGACGGCUGGAAAUGAUUGUUUGUGUGAUGGCUUGCAAAGACGAUGGAUACAAGCAUCUCAAAUGGGUUACUGAGACGAAGAUUGGGGUGAUUACUCAAUGUUGCUUGUCGGUUCAUGCCAAUAAAGCGAGCGAUCAGUUUCUUGCCAACUUAGGUAUGAAGAUCAACGCGAAGCUAGGUGGCAGCAAUGUGGAACUCAUUGAGAGAUUCCCACGAUUUACUGGUGGAGAUCAUUGUAUGUUCAUUGGGGCGGAUGUAAACCACCCGGCUUCAUCAAAUACGCUAUCUCCAUCUGUUGCAGCCGUUGUUGGGUCGGUCAACUGGCCUGCUGCAACUCGUUAUGCUGCUCGUGUUUCCCCACAAAGCCACCGCAAAGAGGAGAUUGUCGACUUCGGGAAGAUGUGUUUGGAUCUGGUGAAUACAUAUGCGCGGCAGAACGGAGUGAAACCAAACAAGAUUGUAGUUUUUCGUGACGGUGUGAGUGACGGGCAAUUCGAUAUGGUUCUCAACAAAGAGAUGGUUGAUAUGAAGAAAGCCAUUUAUGAUGAACACUACCGCCCGUGUGUCACCUUUGUUGUGGCCCAGAAACGGCACACAACUCGUCUGUUUCUAAGCCCAGAUGGGAGGGAGUCGGGUAAUGUGCCGCCGGGAACGGUGGUGGACACCACCAUAAUCCAUCCAUCUGAGUUUGAUUUCUAUCUUUGCAGCCAUUUUGGAGGGAUUGGAACAAGUAAACCCACUCACUACUCUGUGAUUUGGGAUGAGAACGGGUUCUCAUCUGAUGAGAUGCAGAAGCUGAUAUACCAUCUUUGUUACAUCUUUGCACGUUGCACGAAACCCGUGUCGUUGGUCCCACCGGUUUACUAUGCGGAUCUUGUUGCGUACAGGGGUCGGAUGUUUCAAGAAGUGGCGAUGGAACUAGAGUCUGGUGGGUCUUCUUCAUUCGAUCAGUUCUUCUACAAUCUUGAGGAUCACCUCAAGGAUUCCAUGUUCUUUGUUUGAAGGAGGAAGGAAGGAAGGCGAGUGGAGAUGGUGUCGAAGUGCCACUACGCAGGUCAAACAUCCUUUCCUAAACGAAUCUAGUAAAGGAGUUUGUGCGUGAAUCUAACGCAUUUCGUGCUUUUUCAGUGUCGUUUUUUUUAGUAUGUGUGCUUUUCAGUGCUGUUUUUUGACAGUCAAGUCUGUGUGUUCAAUAAACCUGUAUGUGUGCUGUUUUUUGACAGUCAAGUUUGUGUGUUCAAUAAACCUGUAUGUGUGCUUUUCAGUGCUGUUUUUUGACAGUCAAGUCUGUGUGUUCAAUAAACCUACCUACAGUUCUGUAAUGGUAUCAAGUAUUGUGUUGAAAUGUUGGUGUUUGAUUAUUGCAAUCU